CGCAGCUUCGUCCACUUUGCACCACAAUGAAGAGUGUUGGUCAUUCCGAGAUCUUGCCAUGAUGCGCAUGCUCGCAUGGGUGGUGCUGGGGAGCACGGCUGCAGUGGCGACCGCCUGCGCGACGUACACCGCUUGCCUCGACGACGCCCGCGCGAUCGUCGCCAACAUGACGGUCGAGGCCAUGGCCGCGCAGAUGACGCAGCUCGACAUUGGCCAAGUGCUCAACAGCGACUUGACAUUGAACGAAGCCCAAGUCGAAGCGUACGCGACGCUCGGCAUUGGCUCGUACCUCAACUCGCCCUUUGCGGGUGGCCCAAAGGGUGCCACGUACGGCUGGAACGCCACCGAAUGGCGCGCUAUCCUCACUCGUAUCCAGGCCAUUCAUAAGAAGAUCGAUGGCCACCCGAUCCUCUUUGGCCUCGACUCGGUGCACGGCGCCAACUACGUCGCCAACGCCGUGCUCUUCCCGCACCAGAUCAACGCCGGCGCUAGCUUCAACCGCCGUCUCGUCCACGAGCUUGGGUAUUACACGGCGCGGGAUACGGUCGCCGCGGGCAUUCCGUGGAUCUUUGGCCCGAUCCUCGACGUGACGUCGCACAAGGCGUGGCCGCGCGUGUACGAGACCUUUGGCGAAGACCCGUAUCUGGUCACGCAAAUGGCCUCCCAGAUCGUGCACGGGCUACAGGACAACCACACGAUCGCAGCGUGCUUCAAGCACUUUAUCGGGUACGCCGCAACACCAUCGGGUCACGACCGCGACCCGAUCACGCUCUCCGACUACGAGAUUCUCAACUACUACAUGCCGCCGUUCAAGGCCGCGAUCGACGCGGGCGCCCUCAGUGGCAUGAUGAACUACGUGUCGCUCAACGGCGUGCCCAUGGGCGCGAACCGCAAGAUGCUCGUCGAUCUGCUGCGAGGUGCUUUGGCAUUCGAAGGUAUGCUCGUGACGGACUGGGGCGUCAUCGACGACCUCGCCGCGUUUCACCACGUCGCCGCCACCGAGGAAGAGGCCGUCCAACUCGCGCUCAACGAAACCUCGAUCGACAUGAGCAUGGACGCGACGCACACACGCUUUAUUGACCACGCGGUUGCGCUCGUCCACUCCGCGACGAUCCCGAAACAGCGACUCGCGCUGGCUGCCGAGCGCAUCAUCGCUCUCAAAUUGCACUUGAAGUUGUACGAAACGCCAGUGCCGGGGGCUGACAGCGUGCCACGUGUCGGGGAUGCCGACAGCAUCCAAUCAGCGCUCGCCAUGGCGCGCGAGUCGAUCGUGCUCGUCCAGAACCGCGGCAACGUGCUCCCACUGCAUUCGUCGUCGGCACCGAGUCUCUUGCUCACGGGACCGUCUCUCGACAGCAUCGGGCACCUCUGCGGCGGCUGGUCGCUCGGAUGGCAAGGCACUUCGGGCAAUGCAAUGUUUCCGCAUGGUCGCUCGGUGCUCGCGGCGUUCCAAGCACGGCUUGGCAAUGUCACACACGCAACGGACGUCACGACCGCACUGGCGAUGACCACUGUCGCCGAGUACACUGUCGUCGUGCUGGGCGAAGGUCCGUACGCGGAAAAGCCCGGCGAUAUCGACGACCUCUCGCUGCCGCUCGACCAGCUUUUGUACGUGCGCUCGCUUGCAACGACGCCGACCAAGAUCAUUCUCGUGCUGCUCCAAGGCCGACCGCGGCUGCUCCACGAUUUGCCUGCGCUCGUCCACGCCAUUGUGCAUGCGGGUUUGCCCUGUGAGAUGGGCGGCGAUGCCAUUGUCGACAUCCUCUUGGGCGUCAUUAGCCCGAGCGGUCGGCUACCGAUCACGUACCCGCGAUCCCCGAGCGACGCCAACGUCGUUCACUACCACCCGCAAGACCAUGGUUGUCGGGUCGGGUCUCUCUUCGGGGAAUGUUUGCACCAGUGGCCGUUUGGCGCUGGUUUGAGCUACACGCGAUUCCAGUACCACGGAGCGCACGCCGCUCUGGCCAAGGACGCGUUGCAGCUGACCGUGACGGUCGCCAACGUCGGGGCUACCUCGGGUGACGAGGUGGUUCUGAUCUUUCUGAAAGAGGCCACGCGCCAGCGUCACGUGCCCGAGGCGAAGCGCCUUGUGUUUUUUGACAAAGUCCGUUUGGCGCCGGGCGACUCGACGACUGUACGGGCGACGCUGUCUCUACAGACGCUUGGGAGCUACUUUGGCCCUGUGGGCGAGACCCCGAUCAAGUCGCCCCUCGAGGGCGUGUUUACAGUCCAGUUUACUAUCGCACCUUGUGACGUUGACCCGACGCUCUGUGUGACGCUGACGACUGCAGCAAAGAAGAAGAAGUCGCUGGUCUUUGAGGGACCUGACGUGCUACUCGCGUAGGACAAGUGGUCUCAAUCAACAUUUGUGUUGUGGCAUCGAAAUCGAUAUCCUAAUCGUUUUAUUGUAUGACAUUGCGACCGUGCGUGGACAUUGGUUGCAUGGGUA